CAUAACGCGUGCAAAAAAGGGAGCAGAAGCAGUGUCACAGAGGUUUUGCAGGUUUUCGUAGAUUCAGACACAAAAACAUAGUUUUGGGUCUUUAGAGAGGCACAGUAAGAGCAACAAUGGAGGUGGAAUUGAAAGAGAUGCUUGACGAUCUCCAGUCUUUAAGACAAUCAUUAUCUGAUCCUACUCUUCGUGCUUCAAUUGACAAGUUGCAAUCGCGUGUCGACCAUCUUACUCAUCUAGCUAAAUCUGUACCUGUUCGACGAUCAAAAGUCAAGGAUAUGAGUGCUGAGGUGGUUGACAGCAAUCCUUACAGUAGGCUUAUGGCACUUCAAAGAAUGGGUAUUGUGGAGAACUAUGAAAGGAUCCGGGAGUUUUCAGUUGCCAUAGUUGGUAUUGGUGGUGUUGGCAGUGUUGCAGCUGAGAUGCUAACAAGGUGUGGCAUAGGUCGCCUUUUGUUGUAUGAUUAUGAUAAAGUGGAGUUAGCUAACAUGAAUAGGCUAUUCUUUCGCCCAGAGCAGGUUGGUAUGACAAAGACUGAUGCUGCUGUUCAGACCCUGUCAGACAUAAAUCCUGAUGUUGUGCUUGAGAGCUAUACACUGAACAUCACAACCGUACAAGGCUUUGAAACCUUUAUGUCAAGCUUAAGAAAUAAAACAUUUUGCCCAAGUAAAGAAGGUAGCGGAGUGGAUCUUGUUUUAAGCUGUGUAGACAAUUACGAAGCAAGGAUGGUGGUUAACCAGGCAUGCAAUGAGUUGAAUCAAACAUGGAUGGAGUCUGGUGUAUCUGAGGAUGCGGUUUCAGGUCAUAUACAGUUGCUGAUUCCUGGAGAAACUGCUUGUUUUGCAUGUGCACCUCCUUUGGUUGUAGCAUCUGGAGUGGAUGAACGAACACUCAAACGUGAAGGGGUUUGUGCUGCAUCUUUGCCAACUACCAUGGGAGUUGUUGCUGGGCUCCUAGUCCAAAAUACGCUUAAGUUCUUACUGAAAUUUGGACACGUUUCUCCCUAUUUGGGAUACAGUUCUCUUAAAGAUUACUUCCCAACUAUGGCAAUGAAACCAAAUCCCCAAUGUUCAAAUGCUGCCUGUCUGGAGCGGCAGAAAGAAUACAUUCUUGCAAAGCCAGCCAGGGAUGCUGAGGCUAAAGCCAAGAUGGAGGCUGAAGCAUCAGCCGCAACAGUAGAUUUGCCACUUCAUGCUGAUAAUGAAUGGAACAUAAGUGUUGUCGAUGAUAGUGUGCUGGAGAGCACAGGUGGCACACGUUCAGAUGCUCUUCCAGAAGGUCUCAUUCAUGAGCUCCCAAGUGCAGAUGAAUUUCAAAAGCCCCCUGCAUUUGAAGCCUUGGAUACUGGUAUUGUUGACCUUGAAGAUCUACGGAGGCAACUUGAAGCCCUGAAUGCUGAUUAAUGUCCCAUUACAUCUUUUGUUUUUGCAAAUUAGGAACGUUUUUAAGAGUCCGUCAUAACCAAUGCCCUUUGGGGGGUAAAUAAAGCAGUUCUUGGGGUCCAAUAUUCAAGCAAAUGAUCCAGCCAUUCAGAAAUAUGUAUACUUCUUAGGGUUAACUAAGAAAUUUUCAUUUUCAUACAAUAUAAUUUAUAUUUGAAUUAAUGCGAGGCUUGCCCCAAAGCAUUCUGUGCUUCA